AUGUCGUUUUCCGGGGCUCAGGACGCCCAUUUCCCGGACCGCGGGCCAGCAGUCUUUGCUGUUACGACCGCCACCCUGGCGCUAGCGACGCUUUUCGUGGCGGCUCGGAUGGUUUCGAGGUUUGGCAUCCUUCGCAGCACCGGCUGGGACGACUACAUCAUGAUUCUUGCCUGGAUCCUAGCCCUAUUUUUGAGUCUCGCCAUUGAUCUGGGAGCACAGCGAGGACUUGGCCGGCAUGACCAGAACAUCGACCCGGCAGAUAGGGGUCGGCUGAGGACGAGCGAAUAUGUCUUUUCCAUCCUCUAUAAUCCUGCGCUCAUGGCGACCAAGACGUCUAUUCUGGUCUUCUAUCUCCGUCUGGCCAAGAAUACCCAAAAGAUUUUACGCCUGGCCUCCUGGGCCGUCCUGGGGGUGGUCAACGUGGCCGGCACCAUUCUGACCUUCAUGAACAUCUUCCAAUGCGACCCCAUCAAUGCCGCAUGGGACAUCAGCGUCAAGCCCGUCAAGUGUAUCCCGCUCCUCACCGAGUUCAUUUGCUCGGCGCCUGUCAAUGUGACAACAGACCUUGCAAUCCUGGCACUUCCGAUACCCGCUCUCACAAGCAUGCGGUUGCCUCUGAAGCAAAAGACGAUCAUGGUCUUGACCUUCGCGCUCGGUAUCUUUGUGACAAUAGUCGACGUCGUCAGGAUUUACUAUCUCCAACAGGCCAUUGAGUACGUCCCAAUGAGCUCGACCUCGGACGCAAUGGCCAUGUUUGGCCAGAGCGCCGGUUUCUCCUGGAAUGCCUCGUUCUCGUUGAUGUGGUCGGCCGUCGAAGUCAACGUCGGUAUCAUCUGUGCCUGCGUCCCAACCCUGAAGCCGCUCAUGAUUCGGAUCCUGCCCGCCAUCAUCAUUGACCCGGACGGCACACGCAGGAGCAGCACCCUGAGUAGCCAGUACACGAGCGGCAGGCCGAAACCGAAUGCUGCCGAUGAUAGCCAGUCCCCUGCCCACGUUCUCUCGGCCGGUCUAACUCAAAUGCUUGCGGACCCACCGGCGUUACGCCUCACCCCGCCAGAAGACAGGUUGUCCGAAGAGAUAUCCAUCAGGGACUUCCUGUCCGGCGCGCCGCAGCCUCGUGCCUCGAUUGCUCAUAGCUCGGGGCAAAAUCCGUCAAUACUCCUGCCCCAGCAGCACGACUCCACGUCAGUUUACUUUGGAUUCGUCAAUGUAAAGCGGCCAAAGAGCAUGCUCAAAACCACGGCAUCCGAGUCCUUCCAGUAUUGCACCAUCGUCAGCAUUCUGUUCUUCAUCUGGGGCUUCUCAUACGGUCUUCUCAACACUCUCAACAAUGUUGUCGCCGACGUUGCUAACAUGACCACCGCCCAGACCUUGGGUCUUACCAGCAUCUACUUUGGGGGAGGGUACUUCUUCGGUCCUCUUCUGGUGGGCGAAUGGCUGCUUCGGCACGACGAGCAUCACCGCUGCAAAACGAGAGGCCGAGGCCGGCCCGAGUCGGUAGGUGGCUUCAAGGCAACUUUCAUCGCCGGCCUGCUGAUCUACGGCACGGGCACAAUCAUGUUUUGGCCGAGCGCCGUCCUGGCUGCAUAUGGCGGCUUCAUGGUCAGCAGCUUUGUGGUGGGGUUCGGCCUCGCCGUGCUAGAAACCGCCGCCAACCCAUUUAUCGCCCUGUGCGGACCUCCUGAGUACGCCGACGCACGGCUCCUCCUCGCGCAGGGCGUCCAAGCCGCCAGCAGCGUGCUAAGCGGGCUCCUGGCCAACAAUGUCUUUUUCGCGCGAAACCUCGCUGCCCGUCGAGGGGAAGCCGCCACCCUGAUCGACGUGCAGUGGACCUACUUGGCCGUGACGCUUCUCUCCGUUCUUCUGGCGCUCUUGUUCUACUAUAUGCCCCUUCCCGAGCUGUCGGACGACGAGCUGGCCGAGCUUGCCUCCCACCUGCCCGUCGACCUGCGACAGAAACCGCUCGGCGGCAGGAUUACGCUGCGGACGUGGGCCAUCGCGCUCGCUGUGCUCGCCCAGUGGACGUACGUCGCCGCGCAGGAAAACACGUCACUCUUUUUCCAUGACCUGAUUGCCUCCUUCUUGCCGCCAUCUGCAUCGGCCGCAUCCUCGUCCUCGUCUGAAGGCUUAACAAUUUCCAUCCCAUCCUACCUGCUAAUAGCGCACACGGCCUUCUGCGCCUCCCGCUUCCUCGCCGCGCUGCUAUGCUACCUCUCCUCUUCUUCCCGAUCCUCUUCCCAGAAGCCACAACCAUCAUCCCGUCCGACUCAAGCAUUGUUGAACAGCCUACUACCCACUUCACGGGGGAUUCUGGCCAUCUCCAUUGCCCUCUCGACCUUGGCCGCACUAACGACCGUCCUGCUCUCCCCUCGUAACAAUAACACAGGCAUAAACCCGAAUCUGCCCGCAAUCCCAAUAAUCCUCUUCUUCUUUUUCGAGGGCCCCAUAUGGCCUCUGAUCUUUUCCCUGGGCCUGCGCGGCCAAGGAGCGAGGACCAAGCGGGCCGCCGCCUGGCUGACCAUGGGCGGGUCGGCGCCGGGCGUGUGGCCAUUUGUUGCAUGGGGGAUCACCCUUGCUGGACAACGACAGCAGCAACAAGACGGGGUCCGUCUCUCGUUUGUGCUGGUUGUGCUCCUCAUGGCGGUCGCCGGGGUGUACCCUCUUUUUCUCGGGCUUGUGCGCGGGGCGAGGGAGCUUGUUGAUUUUCAACACACGGUUGAGGUUCAUACCUCUCCUAUUCCUAGUGCUAGGAGUAGGAGUGAUGAUCAAGGCGCUGCUGGUGCAGGGGAACGAGAUGUUGAGAUGGGAGCGGAUCGUGCUAUUAGUCAUAGUGAUGGCUACAAUGGCGAUGAUGGUAGCGGUAGGACUGGUGAGAAACCUGAAGUGAUAGGCGGAGGGCCAAACGCUCAGGGGCAGGGACUUGGACAAGGGAACGUAUUAGAUACCUCUAUUUUACAAAGCUAG